ACCCACACUCUUCAUUGCUUCUUCACGACACCUCCUGCAACCGUCAAUUCUCUGAGCUGCAUCCAUUCAACCGCAACAUACUUCACGCCAGCUCUAUCGCAUUCACACGAUCCAACAGCUUACCGCUAUCAACAUGCUCGGUUUCAAGGUCCUCGCACUCGUUGCUGCGCUUGCCUCCAGUGUCGUCGCUCACGAUGUUGCUCCCGACACUUGUGCUCCCGCUGUCACCGUGACUGUCACCGUCACUGAGUGUGGCACGCCUGGCCCGCCAGUCCCCACCAUCCCGGUGUCCUCGUAUGAGGUGCCGCCUCCUCCUCCUCCCCCGGCCGCCUCGGUCGAGUCAACGGCGACUGCUCCUUUGAGCUCUCCGCCUGAGGCUUCCGUCACCGACGCUCCACCUGCCCCGCCCACUGACACUGGAGUUCCGCCCGUCGGUCCCGUUCCGUCUUCAGGCGAGCCUCUUGCCCCCGUGCCUUCCUCGGACAUGCCUGUCGCUCCCGGUCCUUCGUCUGGCGCGUCUGCUCCCGGUACGACUCUGAAUCCAUCUUCUACGGCUGACAUGACGCGUCCGUCCCCGUCGACUAGCACGCCUGCCACUGUCUCGACCGCUGGAGCUGUCCUCGCCAUUGCCACUCCCUACAUCGGCCUGGGCUCACUGUUCGCUGCGGGCGCCGUUCUGAACGUAGCUUUGGCUGCCGUCUAGGCGUCUAGACAUGCUCUCACUUACUG